GGUUAAAGGAAAAGGUGGAAGGGAUGAUAAGAUAUAGAUUUGAUCUAUAUAUUGGUGGGAUCCAAUGAAAGCAUCAUAAAAUUGUUCGAGAUACUGUUGAAUAGUAUCCUUCCGAAUAAAUCUAUAUUUCUCUUUGGCGAUUUCUAUCCUUAAAAGCUUAAAAAUGCCUUCUUACAAGUUGACUUACUUUCCUGUAAAAGCGUUGGCAGAGCCAAUCCGUUUUAUUUUUAGCUAUGCUGGAGUCGAGUUUGAAGAUGUUCGUUUUAAUUCAAAUGAUUGGCCAAAGAUAAAACCAACUACACCUUUUGGACAAGUACCUAUGCUGGAAGUAGAUGGGAAAAAAAUCAAUCAAUCUACUGCCAUCGCUCGUUAUUUAGCUAAGCAACAUGGUCUUGCUGGAAAGAACGACUGGGAAGCUUUAGAGAUAGAUGCUAUUGUUGACACUAUCCAUGAUGUUCGUGCAAAGAUCGCUGCACAUCAUUAUGAACAAAAUGCCGAAGCUAAGGCGGCAAAAUUAAAGGUAGCUGAAGAAGUAGUACCAUAUUUCUUGGAACGUUUGGACAAUCAAGUAAAAAAUAAUGGCGGCUACUUUGUGGGUGGUGCUUUAAGUUGGGCAGAUUUUACUUUCGUCGCUCUAUUGGAUUAUUUGAAUUUCAUGGCAAAAUCUAAUAUUAUCGAGAAAUAUGAUAAUCUCAAAGCAUUACAGGAAAAGGUUCUUAACAUUCCUGCUAUCAAAAAAUGGGUUGAGAAACAUCCGGAAACUGGAUUCUGAUUUCUUUUUACAAAAUUCUUGAUCAUAUAUUAAAAAAACAUGUAUUUUAUGGCUUGAUUAAGAAUUCUAAGAGAGAAGUGAUAUUACAUUUAAAUAUUAGUUAGUGUUGCAUGAA